AUGGGGGAUCCCGGCGCCCUGCAGAACUCUUCCGAGAUGCCCGAGACCAUCACGAGCCGCGACGCUGCCCGCUUCCCCAUCGUGGCCAGUUGCACCCUCCUGGGGCUCUACCUCUUCUUCAAGAUAUUCUCCCAAGAGUACAUCAACCUCCUUCUCUCCAUGUACUUCUUCGUGCUGGGAAUCCUGGCGCUGUCGCACACUAUCAGCCCCAUGAUGAACAGAUUCUUUCCUGCAAAUUUCCCCAACAAACAGUACCAGCUUCUCUUCACCCAGGGCUCCGGGGAGACCAAGGAAGAAAUAGUGAAUUACGAGUUUGACACCAAGGACCUCGUGUGCCUGGCCAUGAGCAGCGUUGUUGGGGUCUGGUACCUGCUGAGAAAGCACUGGAUUGCCAACAACCUCUUUGGCCUGGCGUUUUCCCUCAACGGGGUGGAGCUGCUGCACUUGAACAACGUCAGCACUGGCUGCAUCCUGCUUGGGGGCCUCUUCAUCUACGACGUCUUCUGGGUCUUUGGCACCAACGUGAUGGUGACUGUUGCCAAAUCGUUUGAGGCCCCAAUAAAACUGGUUUUUCCUCAGGACCUGCUGGAGAAGGGUCUCGAGGCCGACAACUUUGCCAUGCUCGGUCUGGGAGACAUUGUCAUUCCAGGGAUUUUCAUCGCCUUGCUGUUGCGCUUCGACAUCAGCUUAAAGAAGAACACGCACACGUAUUUCUACACCAGCUUUGUGGCCUACAUCUUCGGGCUUGGCCUGACCAUUUUCAUCAUGCACAUCUUCAAGCAUGCCCAGCCGGCCCUGCUCUACCUGGUCCCCGCGUGCAUUGGAUUCCCCCUCCUCGUGGCCUUGGCGAAGGGAGAAGUAACCGAAAUGUUCAGCUACGAGGAGACCUCCCCGCCCAAGGAGGUGCCGGGAGCCUCCAGAGAAGAGACGACAGCCGGCGACAAGAAGGAGAAGUGA